GAUGGCUAAUAGUAUUGCUGAACCCUUUUCCUGUGAUACUUUUGUGGCUCUGCCUCCAGCCACACUAGGUGGCCGAAUCAUCUUUGGAAAAAAUUCUGAUAGGCCUUCCGAUGAAGUCCAGGAGAUUGUGUUUUUUCCUGCUGCUGUUCAUGAUCCGGGACAAAAAGUUGAGUGUACUUACAUAGAAAUCGAACAAGUCCCCAAGACCUAUGCAGUUGUCCUGAGCCGUCCAUCCUGGCUAUGGGGGGCCGAAAUGGGAGCCAAUGAAUGUGGAGUCUGCAUUGGGAAUGAAGCCGUAUGGGGAAAAGAAGAAGUCUGUGAUGACGAAGCUCUCCUUGGCAUGGACCUUGUCAGGCUUGGACUUGAAAGAGCAGAUACUGCAGAAAAAGCUGUCAGCAUUAUCGUUGAAUUGCUGGACAAGUAUAAUCAAGGUGGAAACUGUAUGGAGAGUGAAAUGACAUUUACCUACCAUAACAGCUUUUUGAUAGCAGACAGGAAAGAAGCUUGGAUUCUGGAAACAUCUGGAAAGUACUGGGCUGCAGAGAAAGUAAAAGAAGGAACACGGAAUAUUUCCAACCAGCUAUCAAUCACAACAAAAAUUGACCGUGAACAUCCAGAGCUAAGGAAUUAUGCUCUAAGCAAAGGCUGGUGGGAUGGUAAAGAAGUGUUUGAUUUUGCUGCCAUGUACUCGUAUGUAAAUACUGCCAGAAUGACAACUGCAAGUGGCAGAUAUUGCGAAGGCUACAAACUACUGAAGAAAUAUGCAGGUAAUAUUACAGCUGAGACUAUGAUGACAAUUCUUCGAGAUAAAGAGAGUGGCCUUAACAUGGAAGGUGCCUUCAUGACCACAGGAAGCAUGGUUUCUAUACUUCCCCAAGAUCCUAGUCUCCCUUGCAUUCAUUUCUUCACUGGAACGCCAGAUCCUGAAAGGUCUGUUUUUAAACCUUUCAUUUUUGUGGAAAAUAUUAACCCGCUUCUAAAAACCAGUUCUCCGAUAUUUGGCCCUGAGGAUCCAGUUAAAAAGCAGCCACGGUUUCAUACGAAACCUGACAGAAGACAUGAGCUCUAUCGAAUGCAUGAACAGGCAGUUGCCACGAUGGAAUCAUCAAAGGAAAAGGCUGCCCUGAUCAUGGAACAGAUCCAAAAACUGGAGAAGAUGAAGAUUGAUGAGAUGGAGUAUAUUCUCCAGAAUAGGUUCCUGAAUGUUGAUCAAGCAGUUCAUCUUUUUUCAGAUUGUGUUGAAGAAGAAAUACAAAUAUAUGCAUGACAAAAUAUCUGCAGUUGUUUCUUUUUAUUAAUCCAAGUGUUAUUUUCCAAAACAGCUUUAUUCACUGUACAAUGCUACUGGCCAAAUAGUAUUUAUUAUGUAAACUAGCUGGAAGAUAAAAUAUUGGCAUUAGCUUUAAUAGAAUAUAAUUGCUAAUUUUAAAUGUGACAUCAAGCCAUCCAAAGUUUAAAACAUCUGCAAAAUUACUGGAUUUUGUUUUUGCAUAUAUUUUCAGCCUGCAUUUGUUUGUUAUUUCAUACACUUAAUGGCCAAAUGUCGUACACAUUUAAUAAACAGCAUUAAUAACAAUAAUUUAUAUGUGCCAACUCCCAGCAAUUUCAACAUUUAAAAAUCUAGUUGGACAAGAAGCAAAAUAAAUAAAGCAAAUAAGUGAAAUAACUAAUUAUGGAAUUAAUAUGUAAUUAACCAAAUUAACCUCAAGACAUUGUAAAGACCAAAGUGGCUUGGUCAAGAAAACCAAGGACUGUAAAUUAUAGCACAUUUCCCAUUUUCUUGUAAAUGGCUUCUAAGAUGAAAAUUUAAAUAUUUUAGAAAACAACUUUAAGAAUUCAAGAAUGUACUUCUUUCUAUACAGUUCUAUUGCAGAAGUAUGAAAAACAUUAUGGAUAUUGUUAACACUAAUGACUUUAAUCUAAAAAUAACAAUAGAUGUAUAGUGAGGUCUGCAUAUGAUUUGAACUGGUAUACAGACUUAGUCUUUGACAAAGGACUAAAAGAAUAAAAAUUAUGUCCUGAAAAGCUCGUAUUAAAAACUUAAUACAUCAGGAUAGUUUGAAUAGGAUGUUAAUGUUAUUUCCAAUGUCAUUAUGCACUGGAUUUCACAACCCAACAGAAAUUAGAUGCAUUGGCUCCUAUUAGAAAAUAGGCUUCACUGAAUAGCAUUGUUCCACUCCUUUUAUACAUUAUUUUUAUUGCAACAUCAUCUAAAGUUGGUGGUAAUCAAAUAUUAAUUCAAAGCACUUCUGCAAAAUGUGCUAAUAAUCAGCAGAAAACAAAGAAAUAGUUAGAUAAUGGGAAAGAGCUUAGAUUGCCAUAUAAACUUUAUGAUAAUGGAUGUUUGUAAGUUGCCUUCAUUGGUAAUAGGAUCUUGUUGCGUUCAGAUUACAUUCCUUUGGUUUCUCAUCAGUAAAUGGAAGGAAAGAAAACCUCAAUAGUUAUUCCAUAAAUAGGACAUUUUGCUGCUGAAUGCCAAAAUUGGUUUUAAAAAAACAACCAAAAUUACUAUUUUUCAGGCAAUAAAGGACUGUUGGGAGCCAGUAUGAAGUAGGAUGCAGUCAGGUCAUAGGAACAUUUAAAUCCUGCUGAUUUAUCUAAUGAAUUAAAUCGAGCUUUUAAUUUUAAAAAAGUGUAUUUUCUGAGUUGAAAGCCUAAAUUUGGGCAGGAACUCAUUUGGUUGGCAAUCUUAUGCCUAUGGUAGUUAGGUACUGUAGCACUUUAAUAUGUAAUAAAAUUGCACUAUUAAUAUCCAGAAGGCUGUUAAUCCUUUAGCUGUAAUUCUUGGCAAUAUAACUGAAAAUCAGGUAUAAAUUAGCUGCAUGUCUCAAUCUGGCAUGCAUAAAAAUGUAAUGAAUUCAAGAAGAAAGGAAUUAACAAAAAAUUAUAUCCAUGUAAAAAUAUUAUGUAAUAUGAAUUUAUGAAAAAUAAUAUAAUUGGUAUCACAACAGCAAAUAUAUCAAGAACGAAAUGCCAUCUUCCUAAAUUGGGAGAUGCAACCUAGAGCUGAAUGUCACAAAAGUUAAAAUUGAAUAUUCUACCAUGGCACUUUGGACUUUAAGCUUGAAUCCUUCUAUUAUAUUAAGCCAUAAUUUAAACUAUGGUUAAUUUGGAGCUUAAUAUUUGUAUGAAUCAGCUGUGAAUUAUUUAAUAAACGAUGUU